UUGUUGGGACCCAUUUCAACCUUUUUAUGUAGCCUUUUUGUGGUUUUUCUAUUUAAGCAUGUGGCAAACCCUCCACUUACACACAAUAAAUGAAUGCCAGAAGCAUAUAUUCAGUGUCUUUUUUCACCUAAAUGGUGUAAAAAAGAAAGUCAGUAAUGAUUUGUAAUGAACUGAUGUAUGAGGUUCAUGGCUAAAAGGGAAGUGAUUUCAUUCAGAUCCAGAAUUCAUUCAGGGUCCAAGGGCAUAACAUAUAAAGUACGAUACACAAGCACAACAAACAACAACCUAAUUGAUUUCAAGAAGAAUCCAAACAUGUUAAAAGGAGAUUUAUCUUGUUAAUUUUACAAUGCUACGGGACAGUGGUGGUUCUGGCUUCAUAAAUAUGGGGAAGGCAAUGAAAUACAAUGGGAACAUGGAUGGAACAAUAAAGAACAUUUAUAUUAAAUGAAUGGAGGAUCUUAUUGAAAAUAAAUGUGUACAGAAAUUGAAAAAAAAACAAACCCACCUUGAUUACAACAUAAUUUCAUUGGAUGAGAUAACCAUAUUUAAAAAAAAAAUAGCCCCAUAUUGGAAUCUAAUUCCUUCAAUAAUUACUUCAUGUUAUGUAAUGUCAGCAAAGACGCAGAGGAUGGCGCUAUUUAUCUGCUUUGUUAAUAUCCAUCCCACUCUUACAUUGACGGGGAAUUUCUUUUUUUAAUUUGGCGGAGGGUAUGGAAAGAAAAGGACAGCUCCGUGGUGCUCCGUGGAACAGUGGGCCAUAUUAUUUGGCUCUCUUCUGGGUGAAACCUUAAUUAUUGUGGGAGGAAUAUCACCUUGACGACUAUAAACACGUUUAUUGUACCACACUGACACUAACGCGCUGUGUAUAGGAAAUACUGGACAUCCGUGACAAUGAGGCCACACAAAAGGUAUGUGCUCCUCAUUGCGUUCUUGUACACAAUUCACUGUGUUUGGGCUUCAGUGACUCAUUAUUCCAUCCCUGAGGAGCUCAAAGAAGGAUCAGUAGUUGCCAAUCUUGCAAACGAUCUCAGUUUGGACGUUACAAGUCUGAUUAGACGCAAGAUGCGCGUCGACAUCAUCGCUAACAAGAAAUAUCUGGAUGUGAACAAAGAGACUGGGGAACUGUUCAUUGUGGAGAAGAUUGACAGGGAAAUCCUUUGUCCAAGUAAAUCAUCAGCAUCCUGUUAUAUCAAGUUGGAGGUGACACUGGAAAACCCACUGCGUAUUUUUAAUAUAGAGCUAGAAAUACUAGAUAUGAAUGACAACGCUCCGCAGUUUAGGAGAAACGCCAUUCAUUUAGAUAUAUCUGAGUCUACGUCAGCAGGGGAAAGAUUCUCUUUGAGCAAUGCAGUAGAUCCUGAUGUGGGGAGCAAUUCAGUGAAAACAUAUCAUCUGAGUGAAAGCGAGCAUUUUAAUAUUGAGGUUCAGACUGGAAGAGAUGGGUCCAAAUUUGCAGAUUUGAUAUUAAAAAAGACAUUAGACAGAGAGCAGCAGGCUGUGCAUAAUUUAAUAUUAACAGCAGUAGAUGGAGGCACACCUCCUCGUUCUGGUACUGUCAGUAUUAUUGUUCAUGUUUUAGACACUAAUGACAACGCCCCUUUGUUUAACAAAUCUAUCUACAGCAUUAAAAUAAUGGAGAAUUCUCCAAUUGGAAGCCUUGUUAUUGAUUUAAACGCUACUGACUUAGAUGAAGGCUCCAAUUCGGAUUUAACAUAUUCAUAUAGUUUAUAUACACCAGAGAAAACACAAGAAACUUUUAAUCUGAAUCCUUCUACUGGUGAGAUUACUGUUAAAGGAAUGCUUAAUUAUGAAGAUUUUAGGAUUUAUGAUAUGGAAGUUAUAGCAGCAGACAAAGGAGUCAACACUCUAUCAGGACAAUGUACAAUCAAAAUUCAAGUUGAGGAUAUGAAUGACAAUCAUCCAGAAAUAUCGAUUAAAUCUUUCCAAAGUCCAGUCAGUGAGAAUAUUGAUGUAGACACAGUGAUAGCAGUGGUCAGUGUGAGUGAUAAGGACUCAGGUGACAAUGGGGUGGUGGAUCUUCACAUUCCUCAUAAUAUGCCUUUUAAACUAAAAGAGUCCUCUGAUAACUAUUAUAAGUUAGUGGUCUCAGAGCCAUUAGACCGUGAGAAGGUUCCAGAAUAUGACAUCACCUUCACUGUGACAGACAGAGGCUCCCCUCCUUUAAGUGACAAUGAAACAAUGACUUUACAUCUGCUGGAUGUGAAUGACAAUGUUCCACACUUCCCUCAGUCCUUUUAUACCAUACGUGUGAUGGAGAAUAACGCUCCUGGCGCCUUGCUCAGUUCACUCAGUGCGUUUGACCCUGACCUCCAUGAGAACCAGUACCUCGUUUACUUCAUCCUCGAGAAGGAAAUAGCCAACACCUCCAUGUCCAUGCUGUUCUCCAUCAAUCCAGAGAACGGGAACCUUUACGCACUAAAGACUUUUGACUAUGAGAUAGAGAAGGACUUUCUUUUCCACAUUGAGGCCAGAGACUCUGGCUCUCCUCCACUCAGCAGCAACGUGACCGUCCACAUCAUCAUCGUAGACCAGAACGAUAACGCUCCAGUUAUUGUGUCUCCUUGGCGAGCGCACGGCUCUGUGGUGGAGGAAAAGAUCCCCAGAUCCACAGAUAAAGGCUCUCUGGUUGCCAAGGUGAUAGCCUUGGAUGUGGAUUCGGUGCACAACUCUCGCAUCACCUACCAGUUCCUGCAGGUGACCGACGCCACCUUGUUCAGUCUGGACCAGUACAACGGAGAGAUCCGCACUAUGAGGAUGUUCAGUUACAAAGAUUCACGUCAUCAGAGACUGGUUGUUGUUGCCAAGGACAACGGGGAGCCUGCUCUCUCUGCUACAGUCACCAUCAAGCUGUCCACAGUGGAGACUGCUGUGAAGACCUACUCAGACAUGACUGAGGUGCCUCUGGAAUAUGACAUCUUCUCAGACCUCAACCUGUAUUUGGUCAUCGGUCUGGGUUCAGUGUCCUUCCUGUUGCUCAUCACCAUCUUGGUCACCAUCGUGCUCAAGUGUCAGAAGGCCAAGCCCAGCAUAGCAGCUCCUCCCUCCAGGAACAGUGUGAUCAGUGAGAGGAACUCCACCAUUGCUGAUUCCACUCUGGUGUCAAACGAUGCCUACUGGUACAGUCUGUUUCUAGCAGAGACCAGGAAAGGAAAGCUGGUGGUCAGACAGCCUCUGCCAAAGGGCUCCAGAUACAUCGUGUCCAGUAUUCCCAGGAGCACAGGCAUGUCUGAGACUAGUGGCUCUGCUACUUCUACUUUGCAGGUAUGAUAGGCGUUCAACUUUUGUAUGUUUUUGCAGUGAGCAUAAUGUCUUAAAGCUACUGUCUGCCUUGGUUAGGUGUUGUAAAUCCCGCCUCUUUUUGCUGUGCCGUUGCAAGAUACACCCCGCAUAACACACAUGAGCAUUGGUUAAGUUUGUAAUAAUUUAAAUUUGGCAACAUUUAGCUACUAACGUUAGCUGCAUUGAAUGAAUAGGUUAUCAUAACCACACAAUGGCUAACGAUUGUCAGUCACUUCUGAUGCCGUGUUUGUUUAUGUGCAUGCGCUACAGACACAUACUGUACGUGCAUACGAAACAGCUGUGAGUAAAAGCCAUGAAUGGCAUUCAUCUUAUUUGGCCUGCAUGGCAUUUUAACAAGGUUUAACUUCCAGUUCUGCCAAAUAUCGACAUUUAUUUGUUUCAUUUGUUCUUUUAAACCACUACUGGUAAUGUAUACAUGCCGGUGGUGUUUUUUUGUUUUUUGGUUUAAAGAAGUGUAAUUUGGAGCUAAACAGAAAACAAAGACAGCCCCUUUACAGCCCCUUUAAUUUCGCAUUUUGCCAUAAAAACAUUUAAAAAAAAUCUAAAACCAAGUCCCAUAAAAAGUAAUGUCCUUCAGUCUGUCUUUAUUUUUUUUUGUUAAUCUUCAAAUGUUAACAAACCUUGGUGAAAUUGGGUGUACUGCCGCAAAAAUACAGGGCGUGGCGCUGUUUACUUUGCAAUAAUAGUUGCCCGCCGCAGCCUUGAGAUUUCCUGUGGAAGGUUUCACAUAACCUCCGUGCGCUGAGCUCUGGCAGAAAGGCGUGAAACGAGGCUUGAAAACUUCACCAUCCUAAAGCUUUUUGAGAGAUUUCACAUACUUGGAAUGGAAUUCAACUAAGGAUGUUUUAAAUAUUAUUUGCACGGACGAAUAACGUUUAAGGAACAAUCAACCAAUAAUGCUGCUUCAUAUCACAAUGCGGUGCAAAAGUACCCUAAAUGAGGGAAGUCCACUCUGCAGCAUGGAGGCAUCCACAACCAGCAGCACCAGAUCGACAUAAGGCAGGAACUCCUUGCUGCAUAUCGGACCAAUCCUGAUGGGUGAGCGACAGAGGAAAAAGAGAUGACCUUGCGUUGACAUCGCUCCCAUGGCCUUCAUGCUCCGCCUGGUUCUUCACACUCGAGAUCCUGAAUGCAAUGGCUGAUGAUAUAAACGCCGACCCACUACCCUCUCUUCUUUCUUUAAGCACAUGAAAAGCCAAUCAAAGCCUUUCUAAUAAUCUCUUCAUUGUGCAUGAUAUGACUGCAUGGCUUCAACCACACUCUAAGAGCGUCAUCCCCGCCCGAAAAAUGUUAAGGAGAUGUUACUUGCCAAGAAAUAGACUGUGCCGUGUGGAUUGUGAAAAAAGCCAAAUGAAUAAGGGGACUAUUUGAGUGGACAAUGGAAUGUUGAAUUGCCUACAAGAGACUGUUUUCCCUCUUAAAAAGGAACACCCAUUAUGUGUAGUUUACAAUUGUAUGAACUUUUGUGCUUUGUGUUGCCCAUUAUCCACAUGAGUGACAUUUGAAAUGGCACAAUUUACAAAAAAAUAAGCACCAGUGCGAUUUUUCUUAAAUCCAAGUUUUGUAAAAAGUGACUUUAGGUUUUGUAAAUGACAUUGUGCUUUAUAUGUACGCAAGGCCCACAAAGAUGAACAAGUGUGCAGAGUGAUUCAACAAACUCAACAGGUCUGUUCACAUGAAUUAAGUAGGAUUCAGUACAAAAAUAAUGCACUGCAAUUAGCAGACAAGUGUGUUGAAAAAUCUUGCCCUGACUAUUACCUGACUAUUACCUAUUUUGCCACUAUUACUCUGGCAAAAUAGUGUUGCACAUGCAACUGAGGCCACUACAAUUGUCAAGCAAUGCUUAAACUUUUGUAUACAAAAUUAUCUCCCAUAAACAAGUAACUCAAACACAGAAAAAGGGGGCCUUUUGUCAACAUGUAGCUAUUUUUCACUUGUUUUGCAUGCCAUAACCAUAGUAAGAGUUUUAGUUAUUGUGUGAUAAAAUUCAUUUUCUGUAUUGCAUCACAUGUAUUCUCUCAGAGCAAGAUACAAGAGGGACCAACAGUAUAAGAACUGCAUUGCAUUGUUUUCUCCUAAAGAACAGGUGGCUGUUGUGACGUGUAUGCAUUCAAAAAAAGCAGUCACCAUAAUGAGUGCGUUUGAAUGUUAAGGACUAAAGUAAACCGAAGUGUGUAGAUAUGACAAAGUACAGGUGUAUCUAACAUAUUGAUUACUUUUAUCUAAGAAGCCAAACUCUGGAUGUUCCUUCAUAUCAACCUUGUCUGAUGUUGUACAACUCAAAGCUAAUAGCAUACAGUUAUGUACUAAAUGUUUACAGUACUGGAAUAGUGUGCACUUUUCAUCUAUUGGAAGCUGUGCUCAGGUGUAUUACUGACUCCUGUACCUGCAAUGCAACACAGAAAUACAUGGUGGCAGAACUGGAUGUAGUCUUCAUAAUGAUUUUCAUAUUACAUUUUUUGUUAAAAUACAUCAAGGUGUGUUUUCACAUCAUACUGAGUAUAAAGGUAUAGAUUCAAUACGCAAAGCAAAACAGCCACUGAUUUCAGUAUAUUCUGACACAAUGCCUUUGAGUGGAAGCAGUUUAAUGUUGUUUCAAUUGUGUUGUCAUAACUUGAACUACAUCAAAAACUGUGUCUGACCUUUUCAGUGCCACUGAACUGCUGUGCCAUCACACAAACUAAAUCGCUUUAACUUACACAGUAUGUACAGCAUAUAAAGUAUUAUAUAGUAUGUUGAUACCAUGCAAGCGCACAGCUGAAAUUGCAUCAGAGAACAUGUUUAAAGUUGUAAUGUUUUCCAGGCAAGUAUGCAUACAAUAAGUCCAUUUGUACAGUGGUGUUUUGACAGUGAAUCGUAUUCUAAAAUUGUGUGUGUGUAAUGUGAGUUUAUUGUAUGACCGAUUGAAUAAAAAACAUAUUGGGAACAAAA